UUGAAACAACUUCUCAUUCAACACCUGCGAACUAGCAACAGCACAACAAAUUCAAUUCACCGAGAAACCGCUCCAUCUGAACACACUCACGAGCGACACCACCGCCAAACUGUCCGAAUACAAUCUCGGCCGUGCUCUCCGCGCCACCGCGAACACCUCCUCUACUACCUCACCCAUCUCAGCACAAUCCACAAUGGCCGACGCCUCAGCUCCAAAACCCAGCAGCAGCGUAAAGCUCGUCCUUCUCGGCGAAGCUGCCGUGGGAAAGUCCUCCCUCGUCCUUCGCUUCGUUUCGAACGCUUUUCAACCCAACAAAGAACCCACCAUCGGCGCCGCCUUCCUCACGCAAAAAUGUACCCUCCCCAACCGCAUCAUUAAAUUUGAAAUCUGGGAUACAGCCGGCCAGGAGCGUUUCGCUUCCCUCGCGCCCAUGUACUACCGCAACGCCCAAGCGGCCCUGGUCGUAUACGAUAUCACGAAAGCCAGCAGUUUGGUCAAGGCGAGGCAUUGGGUAGCGGAGUUGCAAAGGCAGGCGAGUCCGGGAAUUGUGAUUGCGCUGGUGGGGAAUAAACUGGAUCUGUGUGAAGAGGAUGGUGAAGGCGGUGAGAACAGCACAGGGGAGGCGGAUACAGAGGGAGAGGAUACGCCGGAGGGCGAAGAUGUGGAUGCUGCAGCGAGGAAGGUCUCCAAAGCCGAGGCGAAACGGUAUGCGGAUGAAGAGGGACUGCUGUUCUUCGAAACGAGCGCAAAGACUGGCGAGAACGUGAGCGAGGUGUUCACGGCGAUUGCAAAUGCGAUUCCCGAGGCUAGUCUGAAGGGUGCAAGAGCGGGAGCUACAGGCGGAGGUGGAGCGACGCAGGCGGCGCUCGGAAGUGGUGCGGCAGGCGGAGAUGCGAAUCGGGUUAAUUUGAAUGCGAAGGAUAGUGGAGCGAAGGAGGGAUGUGCUUGUUGA